AUGGCCAACAGUUACGAGGUUGGGACUGGGGCGUGGCACCCCGACCCAACGGAGGGCUGGAUCUCCUCCGAGGUCAAGGAGAAGCUGGUUGAUGGUGACAAAGUGACGCUUGUCUUCCUUCUAGAAAAUGGGGAGACCAGAACAGUUGAAACCACUCAAGCAGAGUUACAGGUGCCCAAUAACCCGUCGUUGCCCCCUUUGAGGAAUCCUGCGAUGCUAGAGGCAAGCGAAGAUCUCACGAAUCUGUCACAUUUGAACGAGCCUGCCGUCCUACAGGCCAUAAAACUUAGGUACUCUCAGAAAGAGAUAUAUACGUACAGCGGCAUUGUCCUCAUUGCGACAAACCCUUUUGCUCGGGUGGACUCUCUAUACGUUCCACAGAUGGUCCAAGUCUACGCAGGGAAACAGCGUGCCUCCCAGGCACCGCAUCUUUUCGCCAUUGCGGAAGAAGCUUUUGCGGACAUGCUCCGAGAUGGCAAGAAUCAAACAAUAGUGGUCUCCGGUGAAUCCGGUGCUGGUAAGACCGUCAGUGCGAAAUACAUCAUGCGUUAUUUCGCCACACGAGAAUCCCCAGAGCAGCCUGGUAAAUAUACGUCGGGUAGAGCGGACGCGAUCAGUGAAACGGAAGAACAAAUACUAGCUACCAACCCAGUCAUGGAAGCUUUUGGAAAUGCUAAGACGACACGUAAUGACAACUCUUCCCGUUUUGGAAAAUACAUCGAGAUCAUGUUCGACUCAAAGACGAAUAUCAUUGGAGCGAAGAUCAGGACUUACCUGCUGGAGCGUUCGAGAUUGGUCUUUCAGCCUCUCAAGGAGCGAAAUUAUCAUAUUUUCUACCAACUUGUUGCUGGUGCCACCGAAGCUGAGCGCGAACAGCUGGGUCUUUUGUCAGUGGAGGAAUUUGAUUAUCUGAACCAAGGAGCAACCCCGACGAUUGACGGAGUAGACGACAAGGCCGAGUUCGAGGCUACGCGAAAAUCUCUAUCUACCAUUGGGGUCUCUGAGGACACCCAGGCUGCUAUAUUUCGUGUUCUAGCCGCUCUCCUCCAUCUGGGCAACGUGAAAAUCACUGCCACUCGCACUGACUCCUCACUGUCGCCAACGGAACCUUCUCUUGUGCGUGCUUGUGACAUGCUCGGAAUCGACGUCAAUGAAUUCGCCAAGUGGAUAGUCAAGAAGCAGCUGAUCACGCGAGGAGAGAAGAUCACCUCAAACUUGACUCAGCAACAAGCCAUUGUUGUGCGAGACUCGGUUUCGAAAUUCAUCUACUCCAGUCUGUUUGACUGGCUUGUGGACAGAAUCAACCGUGCUUUAGCCACUGAAGAAGUAUUGAGUAAAGUGAAAUCAUUCAUUGGCGUUCUGGAUAUUUACGGUUUCGAGCAUUUUGCAAAGAAUUCGUUCGAGCAGUUCUGUAUUAACUACGCCAACGAGAAACUACAGCAGGAAUUCAACCAGCACGUGUUCAAACUCGAGCAGGAAGAGUACGUACGUGAACAGAUUGAUUGGACAUUCAUUGAGUUCUCAGACAAUCAACCCUGCAUCGACCUGAUUGAAGGCAAGCUCGGAAUAUUGUCUUUGCUUGACGAGGAAUCUCGCUUGCCUAUGGGCUCCGAUGACCAGUUCGUGACAAAGCUUCAUCAUAAUUUUGCAGGCGACAAACAAAAAUGUUACAAGAAGCCACGAUUCGGGAAAUCCGCUUUCACCAUUUGUCAUUAUGCUGUGGAGGUUACAUACGAGUCCGAAGGAUUUAUCGAAAAGAAUCGAGACACCGUUCCUGACGAACACAUGGAAAUCCUCAAAAAUUCUACCAAUCCUUUUGUGAAGGAAGUGCUCGAUGCGGCUUCGGCGAUUCGAGAAAAAGAUUCUGCUUCUGUUUCAUCGAAGCCGGUGGCGGCACCAGGUCGGAGAAUUGGCGUGGCAGUGAACCGAAAACCCACCCUGGGAGGAAUAUUCAAAUCAUCCCUCAUUGAACUUAUGAACACGAUCAACUCGACAGAUGUCCAUUAUAUUCGUUGUAUCAAGCCCAAUGAAGCAAAGGAGCCAUGGAAAUUCGAAGGCCCGAUGGUUCUAAGUCAACUCAGAGCGUGUGGUGUGCUUGAAACCGUUAGGAUCAGCACUGCAGGCUAUCCGACUCGCUGGACUUAUGAGGAAUUUGCUCUUCGAUAUUAUAUGCUCUGUCACUCGUCGCAAUGGACGUCGGAAAUCAAAGAAAUGUGUCACGCAAUUCUGCGGAAAGCAUUGGGGGACGUCAAUCACCAGAAGCAAGACAAGUAUCAGCUCGGUCUUACCAAGAUUUUCUUCCGUGCUGGUAUGCUCGCUUUCCUCGAGAAUCUUCGAACCUCUAGAUUGAAUGAAUGUGCGAUCAUGAUUCAAAAGAAUCUGAAGCGCAAAUAUUACCGGCGGAGAUAUCUUGAGGCCCGUGAAUCCAUCUUGAAGACCCAAGCAUUGAUCAGAGGCUUCCUGGCGAGGCAGCGUGCAGAAGAUGCGCGCCGGAUCAAAGCGGCUACCACUAUUCAAAGAGUAUGGAGAGGUCAAAAAGAGCGAAAGAAAUACAACGAAAUCCGAAACAACAUCAUUCUUUUUGAGUCGCUUGCUAAAGGGUAUCUGUGCCGACGCAACAUCAUGGACACCAUCCUUGGCAAUGCGGCAAGAACAAUACAGCGUGCAUUCCGCUCCUGGAGACAGUUAAGAGCGUGGCGACAAUAUCGCCGGAAAGUCAUUAUCAUCCAGAAUCUCUGGAGGGGCAAGAAAGCUCGAAGACAAUACAAAAAAUUGCGUGAAGAGGCAAGGGAUCUCAAACAGAUUUCUUACAAGUUGGAAAAUAAAGUCGUGGAGUUGACUCAGUCUCUCGGAUCACUGAAACGUGAGAACAAGUCUCUCCUGGCCCAACUUGAAAAUUACGAAAGUCAGUUGAAAUCAUGGAGAAGUCGACACAACGCCUUGGAAACCCGCUCAAGAGAACUUCAGGCCGAAGCCAAUCAAGCUGGUAUUACAGCGGCGCGGCUGACGGCCAUGGAAGAAGACAUGAACAGACUUCAGCAGAAUCACAACGAAGCUCUCGCGACCAUCAAGCGCCUUCAGGAAGAGGAGAAGAUAUCGCAGGAGUCCAUUCGCUCUGCUGACCGCGAGCUUGAGAGGCUGAGAAAGUUGAAUUCUGGCCAUGAGAGUGAGAAGGCAUCCCUCCGUCAGCAAAUCAUGGAACUACAAGAACAGCUGGAGAUUGCCAGAAGAUCGCUGGCUGCAAAUGGUGGAAACGGAGAGAUGCAGAACGGCAAUGCUGUCCAGCCUCCUGCAAAUGGUCUCAUCAACUUGGUAUCCUCUAAGAAGUCAAAGCCGAAACGAAGAAGUGCAGGAGCAGAGAGGAUCGAGACAGAUCGGUUCAGCGGUGCUUAUAACCCUAGACCCGUCUCCAUGGCUGUUCCUAGUUCUACCGGUAUCCGCCAGAACCUAUCAGGGUCUACUUUCUCUCCUGGAAUGGAUUCUAUCGAAGAAGAGCUGGAGACUCUCUUGUCUGAAGAGGAAGAGCUGAAUGAAGAGGUGACCAUGGGUCUCAUACGCAAUCUCAAGAUACCUCUUCCCGGUUCCAAUCCUCCUCCGACAGAAAAAGAAGUCUUGUUUCCUGCUUACCUCAUUAACCUUGUUACCUCCGAGAUGUGGAACAACGGUUUUGUGAAGGAAUCUGAGAGAUUUCUUGCCAAUGUCAUGCAGUCAAUCCAACAAGAAGUUAUGCAACAUGAUGGCGACGACGCAAUCAAUCCCGGUGCUUUCUGGCUUUCAAACGUGCAUGAAAUGCUUUCCUUCGUAUUUUUGGCAGAGGAUUGGUAUGAAACACAGAAAACUGACAACUACGAAUACGAUCGUCUGCUGGAAAUCGUGAAACACGACCUGGAGAGCUUGGAAUUCAACAUUUAUCAUACUUGGAUGAAGGUGUUGAAGAAAAAGCUCUACAAGAUGAUCGUUCCGGCUAUUAUUGAGUCCCAAUCACUUCCAGGCUUUGUUACCAGUGAAACCAACCGGUUCCUCGGGAAGCUCUUGCCUUCAAAUAACCAACCAGCUUACAGUAUGGACAACUUGCUCAGUCUUCUCAAUAGUGUUUACAAGGCUAUGAAAGCCUACUACCUCGAGGAUUCAAUCAUCACGCAGACCAUCACUGAACUUCUGCGGUUGGUUGGUGUUACCGCUUUCAAUGAUCUUCUCAUGCGAAGGAACUUCCUCUCGUGGAAGCGGGGCCUUCAGAUCAACUACAAUAUCACUCGGAUAGAGGAGUGGUGCAAGAGUCACGAUAUGCCCGAAGGAACCCUGCAGCUCGAACAUCUCAUGCAAGCAACCAAGCUUCUCCAGCUUAAGAAGGCGACGUUGAAUGACAUCGAGAUCAUUCAAGACAUCUGUUGGAUGCUAUCUCCAAGCCAAAUUCAGAAGCUCCUGAACCAGUAUCUGGUGGCGGACUACGAGCAACCGAUCAAUGGAGAAAUCAUGAAAGCUGUGGCUUCUAAAGUUACCGAAAAGAGCGAUGUGCUCCUUUUGAAUGCCGUGGAUAUGGAAGACAGCGGUCCUUAUGAGAUCGCUGAACCGCGUGUAAUCACGGCUCUGGAGACUUAUACUCCAUCUUGGCUCCAAACGCCUCGCCUGAAACGCAUUGCCGAAAUUGUGUCUGCCCAGGCAAUGGCUCAACAAGAAAAACUUGACAUGGAAAAUGGUGCCAUUGGCGCCGAAUAG